GGCAUCGAACCCCAACACUGUUGUCUUUUAGAUUCAAGAUGCUAAUUCUGCCGGAGCGCCUGAGUUGAAUCGUUGGAGAAGUUUUACGAAUGUUGCGUGCGGAAGCGAAAGCGAAAGAGAUGGCCACACAAACCAGGAAAUGUGGACUGUUUAAUUGAUAUUAAUAUUAUAUUUUUUUCUGAAGGGGUAAAACCUGUGCACGCGGGUUACUUGAAUCUUUAACUGCGAUGGACAAUCUAAUACUAAAGCUGCUGUGGUCAUUUAUUGGAGUGUAUUUCCUGCUCACAAAGAGUAUUGCCCAAGAGAGCCAGCCCUCUUCAAGUGGUAGUCGGAGAAGAUUGCCAACUGUCAUCAUCACCAGAGAUCAUUUGCGUCAAAAACCAGCUUUAUAUGGUUCUUAUGGAGAUGUUGCAGCUGAAUUUGUAGUUAGUGCAGGUUUGGAUACAGGUAAAUCUUCUGCUGUUCGAAUAAGGAGGCUUGGAAGCAGCAGAAAUAAUGCCACACAUUCCUCAUCUUCGAAUAAGAAUAAUAAUAACAGAUUCAGUCAUAUUAAUCGUCAACCUAAUCCUACUAAUCCUAUUCAACACAACAGGCCAGUAGUGGUAGAUGCAAAUGUCAGGUACAGGGCACCCACUCCUUAUUCACCAUCAAUUGACAGAAGAGAUUACCUAAAUGAGAACAGGCAAGUGCUUCGAGGAGGCAUUUCUCUCCAAGAACAGCAUCAUGGGCUUGGAGGAUAUUUCAAUAGACCUGCUCCAGCAUAUAGGCCACCUAUAUUUGUGCCAUACAUUCAGCGUCAUCAAGGUCCUAAUGUUCGGUUAGGGGAUAAUGGUAAAGAAAACGGAGCCUCUCCGAAUAAUUUUCACCCCCAGCAACAUCAGAGAACACAAGAUGUACAAAAUCAAUUACCUGGAAAUCCAAAUGGACAACAUUAUUCUUCACAUCAGAAUGAAAUGAAGUCAAAUGGGCAAGAUAACCCUAUUGGAAGUUUCCAUACUUCAAGUAAGCCCAAUCAUGAAAUAGAUGACGUGAAUCAGUCACGUUCUGGUUCAUCUGUUGGAGGAAAUGAAGAAAAUGAGUAUCGUCCUUCAUUAAUACCACCCGAAGUGAAUAAGACUAUUAUUGCAGAGACUCCUACAUUAAGGUUGAAUGUACCUAAUAAGAAACAUGAAUUUUAUAAUCUUAUCAUAAGGAAGCCAUCCUUCAUAUUGAAAGAUCAAAUCACGGUGAAUGAGCUCGCUAGGCGCUCUGACCGACCUGCGUUUGGACCUAGAUCUCUUGACGUAGACAGUCAAGAAACAGUUCGACGUAAAAGGCAAGCAUCUAGUUAUAUAUUUCCUGAAGGAAAUCCUGACGAAAUUCCUCGGAAAAGGAGGUUUGAAGUUGACUUCGAUGAUUCUCACGAUAGCGAAGAGAAUGAAAAUAUAAGUUUCAAUUCCAGCAAAAUUAGUGUGUAUGGCUCUCAGAAUAUAGAAACACCUCCACGUCAGACUAAUAGUCUUAAAACUAAAAAUCAAGAAAAUGUGACAGCAAACAAUGUACAGUUUAACGAUGAUAGCCUUGAAUAUCACGUACCAAAUGUAAUGGUAAAUAAUCACGGAGAAACAUCCAGUUAUAGUUCCGAUGAAAGUAAAGAAAGGAAACAGUAUGGUGGCUAUGAUACAGACAAUGUGGACAGCGUAGAUGGUGAUGUGAUGUCAUUUUCUGAUUUCUUGAUGUCACCUGCAGUUGAUAAAAUUCGCCUUGAGCGCCAGUUUCUUUUCCGAAACUCCAGUCUUCCGAAUGACAGUCACACUACAGAGAGCUCAAGAGCUAUUUCUGGGCAUAAUUUCCAAUCUUUUAUAAAAAACACAACAAUUCCUUUGCUUAGAAAGCUCGUUGCUGCCAGGCUGCUUAAUAAUAUGCUCAAUUUUGGAAAUGUUUCUAACAACUCAACUCUUGUCCAAUCAAGUGGUAUCCAGCAGGCAACAGUUCGUUCUUCUGAUACCCAUGCGGCAGAACAGCGUCAGUUUGGCAUAGUUGUCAGUCCUUUCGACAGCCAUGAAGCUUUAUCUUCUAAAUCAUCCAUGCCAAUCAUUCGCAUUCUGAGAGGUCAAAUUGUUCCUUUGCCUGAUUUACCACAAGAACUAAUACCGAUCAUUCUAGGAACUUACAAGCCAAGUUAUACAACAACACGAGCACCCUAUAACGAAGAUCCAUCAGAAAAUAUCUUGGAUAAUGCAAUUUAUGCACUGCUUCAGAAUGAGGAAAUAGGGAAUACUCGACCACUGAGUCCUGUUUACAGCCCAGUGCGGCACAAAGCAAACAGAAAAUCUCCAUCGACGAACUACAUUGGUUCAUUAAAAUCUUCAGAUCCCAUGCCCAAGCCUUCUUACAGUUACAAGCCAAAUGACUGGUCGAUGGGUCCAAGGUGUGACCGCCUUACUGAAGAAAUCUGUCUUGAUGAUUCUGAUUAUCCCAGCUCUGCCAUCAUGAGCAGCAUCUACAAGGAUAAGGCUAAAUUUGACCUCAUGUAUGCCGAAGUCAAAGUUCGUGAGAGUCAAGUGGAGGGCUUGUCGCGCAAGCAGGAGCAGGCAUAUUCCUUUGACCACUAUUAUGGCUCAUAUCCUCAUGCAUCUGGGUCCAGUAUGGUGCCUAAAGAUUAUGGGCCCAAUGGAGGUUUCGUCUGUCCUUCGGAGGUACACUAUGGCAGGCCGCACAGAGCCAAGAACAGGAAAGGCGAAUGGAAAGUUGUCGUUAAUGUGGGGGAAUAUACUCAGACGUUAAGGAUGGAGAAGUGUCUAGCUUCAGGUAACCCAUGCAAGUAUGUGGUCAGUCGCAUGCAGUCAACAUGUGCGCAAGUCUACAGUUAUCAUCGACUUCUAGUGUUCAAUAAAGAAAGUGGCUUGCACAUCGAUGUCUUCAGAGUACCUACUGGUUGCGCCUGCCACUUGAGGCCUAUGCCUGCUAACUAUAUCUCGAAGUACUCUGCUCCACCACCCUAUCACCAACGUCCUAAGCCAUAUGAAGAAUUUGGAGGUCACGUGGAAACAGCACCAGCUCCGCAGCACGCAGAAGAUUCUGAUGAUGAAAACCAAGAGAAAAAGAAAAAUUCUUUCAGCAGUACUCUCUGGGCCAUUUUAGGAGGCGGCAAGCAAGCAAGCCAACUCGCUCAACAGCCGCAAUUCCUAGAUGAAGUUCAAAAACAAAUUACUUGGACCCAGCAACUAAAACAAUUUCCUCAACUUCUGAAGCAGAUAUCUCCCAAUCAGGUCCUAAAACAGCUUCUGGAGGAUGAUGAGGAAGACUAUAGCAUUCGACGUCAAAGAAUCCGCCACCAGCCGUCCGAACGCCUACCAUCCGGGGGAUAUGCCACUCAGUCGGUACCCGUCGCUGUGCCUUUGCCUGCUCCUCCUCCUCCCCCUCAAAUGAUAGCCCGGAGACCCGUGGUUAGUGCCGUGCCCAUCGACACCCGUCCCAUCUUUAAACUGCCUCCUGAUGGACAUGCGAAAGUCAUAACUGUUUCAACCUCCGAACCGACAAAGAUAUUCAGUCUGACUAAGGAAGGACCCACGGAGGUCAUAAGAAUAACCAGCUCGGAGGGCGAUCAGCGACUACGAAUCGGAACGACCUCGUCCAGGUCGACCUUCAAAAUCCGUCCAGGGAUGUAUUCCUUAAACAGCGGCGAACAGAUGCAUGUGUCUGAGGCGAGCCUGGUACCGGUAGCUCCACAAUUCUCUGAUGAUGGCAACUCCGAUGGAAACUUCAAACCAAUCCUCAAGCCCAUGCCCGCUCCAAAGGGUUCAGACAAAAGGAUUGUUGAAGACGAAGAUCUGAUAGCAGUUGAGAAAUCGGAAGAUUUCCAUACUUUUAAAAUUGAAAAGGAGAAUAAUAAACGUGAGGAAUCUCAAGAGAAGGAUUCCAGAAUCAACUUUUCAUAUCAUCCUAUUUUAGAAUAUUUAAAUAUGUAAAAAACUGAAAUUUUAGUACUAGCAGCUAUCGAGCUUAAUGGAAUGUCUGCUUUUUAAGGUCGUUUUACCAUCUUGGCUGAAAUCUGAGGAAAUUCUUGCUGAUUAGAAAAUGGCACCUUUUUACUCAUUUUACUAAUUUAUUCCAAACAUUAAAACAUACUACGUAGUGAUUCAUAUGAAACGAAGUCCAAAAGUUUUGGUAUAGAAACUUCUAGAAAUCUGCCUUUAUAAUCACUUUUGAAUCUAUAUCAUAAAGCUUUAGGUUCAGUUCAUUUAUAUGAAUCACUGUAUAGAUUAGCUGCUUCAUCUUGCAUUUGAACGACACAAUCUUCCCUUUCGGAAAUAUCCGUUACAAAUCAUUUCAUGUAAUUUAUUUUGUAAAUAGACGAUUUUAUUGCUGGCAGACCAUUGCAUUUUCUUAAACAUAUUACUAAAUGAUUGAUUCGUAUAUUAAUAUUAGUACUGAAAUAUUCAGUAGGUGAUUAAUUGAAGAUAAAUAAAACAAUUUUUAUACCGGU